UCUCUCGUCAGCAAGAUGGAUCCGGACAGUCCUCAGGUGGUGGUGGUCGGCUCCUGCAUGACCGACCUUGUCAGGUAGGGGGCAUGUCCUUCUCUUGCCUGCACUGUUUUGACUUCUCUCCUUCCCUCACUCUGACGACUCACUGCUCUUGGUAGCCUGGCAGCCCUGCUCUGUAACCCUUUCCUCUCUAGCGUUAUGCUGUACACACACACAAUGAUUAUUGGAGAUUGCCUGUACUCUACCACCAAAGACAAUAUGCUUAACCCCUCGUCUGCCCAAAGCCGGAGAGACCAUACAUGGGAGCAAGUUUUUUAUCGGUUUCGGAGGCAAAGGAGCGAACCAGUGUAUACAAGCGUCUCGACUCGGGGUCCGCACCGCCAUGGUCUGCAAGGUCGGCGAGGAUUCUUUUGGCAACAAUUACAUAGGAAACUUUAAGAAGAACAACGUCUGCACAGACUUUGUCUUCCAGACCGGAGCAGCCGCCACCGGAGCCGCCUCCAUCAUUGUCAAUGCAGAAGGACAGAAUGCCAUAGUUAUUGUCGCUGGGGCAAAUCUAUUACUAAAUUCAGAAGAUCUUACAAAGGCCUCAGCAACCAUAACCGGAGCCCGGGUGGUAGUGUGCCAGCUGGAGAUCAGCCCCGAGGGGUCACUGGAGGCCCUGAAAAUGGCAAAGAAGGGCGGAGCGAGGACGAUCUUUAACCCCGCUCCGGCCAUUGCUGAUCUGGACCCGGCCUUCUACACUCACUCUGAUAUCUUCUGCUGCAAUGAGAGCGAGGCAGAGAUACUGACAGGCCUGCCGGUGAGGAGCCCCUCUGAUGCAGGAGCUGCCGGGUCGGCGCUGUUGGCCAAAGGUUGUCAUCUGGUCCUGGUGACGUUAGGAGGAGAAGGAUGUGUAAUCGUAUCCAAGGAAGAGCCAGGACACAGGCACAUCGCAACACAUAAAGUAACAGCAGUGGACACCACGGGCGCCGGGGACAGCUUUAUCGGGGCGCUGGCAUUCUUCAUAGCGCAAUAUCCUCAGCUGGGCAUCGAAGAAAUGGUGAAGAGGUCAAACCACAUUGCGUCAGUGAGCGUCCAGACCGCGGGGACACAGACAUCCUAUCCCUAUCGCAAGGACCUUCCUCAGGAUAUCUUCUCGUGAAGGAAGACGGUCCCGGGGGAGCCAUGGCGAGCGGCAGACAUCCACAUAAGGAAACUCCUAAAUACUGCGGUGCCCUGAGAUGACCCCCAGAACUUACAAUAAGGGGCGUUACCUCCCGCCAUGACAUAUAGGGAAGCCCCUCCAUUAUUUCUAACGCCUCAAUAAAAGCGUACCGGGUCCUAUUCAUCUCUAAUAACAAUAUGGAUGUCACUACCGUAUGGCGCUACUAUGGUGGCGCCAUUCAGGAUUUAAGAAAAGUUGGGUGACAUUGUGGAAACGGUUGAAGGGGUACUCUGGUGGAACUUUUUUUUUUAUUUUUAUUUUUUUUUAAAUCAACUGGU